AUGGCACCCGCCGCUAAGUUCAAUCCCCCAUCAGCCAAUCUUCCUGGCAAGCCCUUUGUACCAGAAUGGGUUCCUCCACCAGUCACUCAGCAGAAAGAGGACUUUGCCGAGCUCACUUCCAUCGACUUGUCUCUAAUGGACUCUGAUGAUCCAGCAGUUGUCGAUGACCUUGUUGGGCAGGUUAAGCGAGCUAUCCGAGAAGAUGGCUUCCUGUUCCUGGAGAACUACGGCGUCUCCCUACAACAACUGCACAGACAGUUCGCUCUUGCACAGUAUCUAUACGAGAACAUAGGUAAAGAAGACAAGGAGCGUCUGCUCUUCAACCCGGAGACUGGUGUAUGGUCCGGUUACAAACAUCCAUAUGGGUUCAAGCGUCACCGUGGAACCCCCGAUGGCAUCGAGCAAUUCAACUGGUACAAACCCGACUGGCAAGACAUGAGCCGUACGCCCAAAUGCCUGCACCCGUUCAUGGAUGAGAUUGAAGCAUUCUGCAACUACCUCACCAAAUCCGUUAAUCGCCGUCUUCUGACUCUCUUCUCUCGAGUACUCGAACUGCCCGACGACUACCUCUGGGACAACAUCCAAUCCCAUGAUGGACCCACAGGCGAGGGCUACUUCCGCCAUGCGCUGUUCCGUCCAGUACAGAAGCAGACACAGGAAGCGUCCAAAGGUCUGCGUAUGCAUGGCCAUACCGACUUUGGACUCACGACGCUCCUAUUCUCUGUCCCGAUCUCGUGCUUGCAGAUCUGGGGACAGGAUGAGAAGUGGUACUAUGUGCCAUACAAGCCUGGUGCGCUCGUCAUCAAUAUCGGUGAUACGCUGGAGAUCGUUUCGGGCGGGCAUUUCAAGGCUACCAGACACCGGGUUUUUAAGCCGCCGGUGGAUCAGUUGAACCAAGAUCGCCUCUCACUCGUGCUAUUCAAUAGUUCUCUUGGCAGUCUGCGCAUGACGCCUGCCUACAAUUCGCCACUGAUCCAGCGUGAAGGUUGUGUUGAGGACCAAGGUAUCUACAAAGAGUUCAAGAAGCGCACGUUACAGGGCGAACUGGUUCCUACCAAUCGCGAGUGGCGUGAGAUCCAGAUCGCUACGGCGACAGAUCCUACAGAUACUAUUCACAAUCGUGUCGGCGUGCAUCAAGUCAUUAUUGAUGGGAAGAUCAUGCAUCAGCGAGAGUACAUGGGAGUCAAAGUUGUGUUGCCAGUGUAG